AUGCUGGAGAAGAUGAUGCUCAUCAUGGGGCCAGUAGGCCUGCAGCAGUGCUCAUAUGUUUUUCCAUUUUAUCCGUCAGUCCGUCCGUCCCUUUCCUCCUCCGUCAAUCCGUCUCUUCAUCCGUUCCUCUCCUCCUCCGUCAAUCCGUCUCUUCAUCCGUUCCUCUCCUCCUCCGUCAAUCCGUUCGUCCGUCUGCGACUGCGCACGACGAGGGUAGAAUGGCCGCUGACUUCGGUACAGAGGGUGUGUGUGGCUUCCGGAGGAGAGCUGGAGGACGAGGGCAAGAUCUUUAUCGUCCAGACAAGACCGUGUCACCCGUGCGGUGAGGCUUGUCUCUACUUUUUCUCUCCGGAGCUGAGCUCUCUCUUGGAGGGCCUUCAUGAAGCCGUGUCUGAGCUCAUUUCCGCCUCAGCUGCUGAUGAUGUCUCCCUCAUUAGUGACCUCUCCGAGCUCUCUGGCGCACUCAGUUCUGUUGUGGUGCUCCCACCGCGCCUGCCGGAUCCACCGAAAAUGCGCAAGUCGACCUCCGUGAUGGACUUAGCACAGAUACACGAGUUGCAGCCGCUUUGCAACGUGCACACACCACCUCGUCUCAGCAGCAGCCAGUGCAACCUGGCGGAGGAGUUUCGUGGAGAGCCUCCCCUGCCUGGCCGUCUCCUGGGGCAUUCCCGUCGACGCUCUAUGAGCGAGACCAACCUUGCCAAACUUUGCCUUGACGAGACCGACGAAGAGCUCGAGUCUCGAGACGACGACCUCGAGGACGCCGACCUCCGCCAAACAGACCUACCCAAGGACCGCACAUCCUCCUCUGGUUCCUACAAUUCUUAUCGUUCUACAGAUUCCGGAGUGCGGUUGUCAGCGUCGCCUUCAACGCAUUGCGACGGUGGACGCUACAUGUUAGAGAACACCUCACGUAGAUACGUCACCAAGUCUGAUUCCUUAGACUCUGGAGUCAGAACGUGUCUGAAAGAAGAUGCACGCGACACUACAACAGAAGAUGACAGGAAGAUGGAUUCUCCAUGCACUGAUGGGAAACAAGAGGGAAGACGCGGCAUGAGUGCGCUGGAAGAGGAGCCCGAUGUGGAUACCAAAGUCGGUGCUUGGUGUUUGCAAAGCGCCCGAGCCAGAAAAUCUUUCUUUGCUAAGAAUCUGAACGUGACCUGCGCUGCUCAUAAGGACAGAAAGAACAGACAGCUUAAUAGGACGAUGUCUGAGUCGUAUAAGGAAAUUUCAGACAAGCCUGAAGAUUACAGAAGACUGUCAGAGCUACCUACUGUUCCCAAGACUUGCACCGUCUAUGAAGAGAUUGUGGAUGUGUUAAAGCCACUUAGCACCGCUAACCAGCAAGCCAAGGAACAUGACUACGAAGAGCUGGAUAAAUGCCGCAGAGACAUAAAGAGAAGUUACAGCUUUCAGGAAAAAUCGAAGCCUCCGCCUUUACCACCUAGACGACCAAAGUCUUUCUCACCGGACCCCUGGGCCGAGGAAGCGUUAUCUAAAUCAGGAACGCUAAAGAAAAUAUUUGGCUUUUCGUUUCAGAGCAAAUCUCACUCAACAGAUAGCAUGCUCGAUGUAGAUACAUCAGGUUAUGAUGAUAUAACCACCUUAGGCAGUGCAGACGUGGCACUGGUGCAAGCAAUUGGCACUCUGCCUCGAGUCAGGAAGAAAAUUGGGCCGGAGCGUCAGUCUAGUCGAUCAGCAUCCCCGAAAAUGUCGCCAAAGCAAAAAGCGAGAUCUCUUUUCGGUGUGUCUCCAAGUAGGUCUCCCAUGAUACCAAGACCCAAAAACCUCUUUCUCUUUAAGGGUUCUGGUAAAGAUGACAUUCAAAUCUCGCCUCAUUCUAAGAUACCGUUUAGACUCCAUCGACAAUUUUCGCUUCAGACUCAGCGGACUCCAAGUACUGAUAGUUCUUUAGCAGACAUUUCCACUCCUGACACUCCCCAGACGCAGCAGCAGCAGCAGCAGCAGCAGCAAGGGUGUGGUCCUCGGCAGUACUGGCGAGGCGAGGCGUCUGGCACACAAGCACCAGAUGCCUCUGGCUCUGGUGAUGACACUACUGGAGGUAUGGCGGGGAAAGACUCUUAUGCCUUCCUCAAGUCUCCGAAGUUAAUGACAAAGACGUUUAGUUUUUUAAAGAAAUUUCCAAAAGAAAAAUCUGGAUCCUUAGAGAGGCAGCGCAAGUCUGGCAUUAAUUUCUUGCCCCCUCAAGAACUGGUAACAAAGUUUCCCAACAGCUACUCCAUGGACAGCUUCGCUGUGGAGAAAGGCUCACAGAGUUGCGGCACGCCGGUCCGCGACACAGACGCAGAUUGGGGUGAUGCAGAUGUCGUUCCUGGCUGCCGCCUUCGCUCCAUGUCCUACCUACCACCUUCUUCUCCGGCCAUUAGGAUUCCAUUUCACGCUCACCAUGAUUCCACCACCACCACCCCAGCGGGGACUCCUACAAGCCAUUCCUUCAGUCCACUUCGGAAGCUUAGUUCUCCUCAACCAUCAACGGAGCCUUUGUCUUGGAGGGAAGAAGGGUGUUGGAAGGAAUGUGAAUCUCGACUGUUGCCAAGUGGCCACCCACUGCCACCCCCCCGUGAGCCUCCCCCUCCUCCCGCUCCUCACGAACCCCACUACGCUAACCUUCCCCACCAUUCGCACGACCCAGAUUACAUGUCUAUGGAAGAAGUGCGAGGCGCCUUCAGACGCAUUUCCAACGCCUCCGUUGCCGAGAGCAGGCGGGACAGUGGUGGAUACUUGUCUAUGGGCGAAAUUCGGUCUUUUCAGAGGGCGUGCGAGACGACAGAGUGUCCAGGAUGCAGCGUCCAGGUGAGUAAUAUUACUCACCACGACUGUCAGCCAGAAAGGGAAACUCAUGCAGAAGACCACGAAUACAUGACGAUGGACGAUAUACAGUCGGUUCUCCAUACAGAGUUCCCUGCAAUAUAUUCUUCAUCGGAGGAGAAAGAUAUGUACAAAGGAUGCGGCUUCAAAAGUGCACCGUCAAGCCGCAAGACUUCGUACUCUGAGGGUUCGGACUACCUGACACCGCAGGAAGUGGGUCGCAUGAUCCGACGGGAGGUGCUAGCUAUAAGACGAGGUAGAGAGUCCACAGGAGAACUCACUCACCAUCAUCAUACCCAGCAGCAGCAGCAGCAGCAGCACCACUAUGACUACGAACCUCAUCACCACCAGCACGAGCCCCACCACCACCACCACGAAGUCCAUCACCACCCUCAGGACGCUCCCCAACACAAGCAAUACCAUCACCACUAACACCAACACCAACUCAACCACAACAACAUAGUCAAGAACAUCAGUACCUGUCUUACUCUAAACCCAAGAAGCGUCUGCAAUGUCUCUGGAACAUAUUGGAGAGGAAAAAAUACCUGUGGAAUACCAACCCUUUGGCCUUAGGACCACCAAGCUCAUAAUUAUGCAUUAUGUGCUUUUUAUAUACAUAGACAUUUCACAUGUAAUUUAUCCAUUCACCAUUAUGAUUAUCUAUGUUAUUCAUGCCAACACACUUAUAACUCUAGGUCCAAGGGGAACACUGUACCAGUAUAUUAUAGUAGAUAAAUGUACAGUAGUUGUUGUUUUCUAAUAUUCUGAAGACUUUGGAACAUUCCUGUCUGAAUGGUACAGUGGUGGUUGCAACAUUUCCCCAGUGCCAAGACUCACACACGUAUCUGUCUCCCAAGCUCAAGUCGUUAUAUCUAGAAGAGUGUGUUAGACUCUCUCCUAUGGGUUAGUUGUCCUUGUUUGGGACAGAACUUUUGUGUACACGAGUAAUUCUUUGAGAAAGUUCUUCCUCAACCCCCCCCCCCAUCCUCCAAUUUAUUUUCCCAAAAGCCAAAAUAUUAAUGAUUAUUAGCAGCGCCCAUCCCUCUUCUCCCGUACCAUGGCGGGUGUGUAUGCUGCGUCCUGCGCACGCAUUUGUCUUGUAUGUUUUUUUUUUUUUCCUUCACAUCACUGGGUAUUACAAUUUUGAUGGAUUAACAUUUGAGUCAUAGAUUAGCUUUGUAAAUUUUAUGUGACACAACGACCGUAGGAUUUUAAUAUCAAGCUUUUACAAGUGUUUACAACGUCACCUCUUCUGAUGAUCUGGGUUGGUGCAGUUCAUCCCUCGACUCGGCAGAGGUUCGAUCAGUGCUUCGUCAGGAGGUGACGUGAGGGAGGAUGAGAGGGCGUUUGUUGUCACCUGAAGGGAAAGCGAACGCUGUGUUAAUACGAGCGAGAGAGAGAGAGAGAGAGAGAGAGAGAGAGAGAGAGAGAGAGAGAGAGAGAGAGAGAGAGAGAGAGAGAGAGAGAGAGAGAGAGAGAGAGGAAGAGAGGGAGAGAAAGGAGAAAGAAACCCGCUUCUUCACCCGCUAAUCGUGGCCCUGUCUCUGACCAAUCACAGUGUUUGUAAUCUUCGCGUCACCACUGAAACCUUUUAAAAUCUCGAGUAACUGCUUAAUUAAAAAUAGCCUCUGAAUUUACAUUAAGAUAUCAUUAUAAAUUAAGUUAAGAAAAUGUCUUAUACUGUGACUACAGUUAAAAAUUGUACCGUGACCACAAUGACUUAAACAAAUUAUUUGGUGACAGUAAAUACGUGUUGCUUGGUGCUCUUACGAUCUCGUGGAUAAUAAAUAAAAAUAAUUCUCUAAUCUGUAGUUAGUAAAGCAGAGGUAACUACAGGGCCAUGACGGGUGUACUCACCUAGUUGUGGUUGCAAGGGGUCGAGUCAUAGUUCCUGGCCCCGCCUCUUCAUUGGUCGCUACUAGGUCACUCUUCCUGUUCCAUGAACUUUAUCAUACCUCUUCUUAAAGCUAUGUAAGAAUCCUGCCUCCAUGUGUGUGUGUGUGUGUGUGUGUGUGUGUGUGUGUACAGGACAACAUAGGACAGGAUCGUAAUUCACUAAUUUUACUGAAAUUCAGACGAGGUCAGUCUAAAUGGUCUCUGGUCAAGUCAUUGAUUAUUAGUAUCAAUACAUUCAAGGGGACGUGCGUGUCCUGUGCGCGUUUGAUCCGAGGAAGAGGAGAGCAGUUCCAAUUCCUUUAAUCAAGAAUCAAUCACCAGCAUUAAGGCACAUCUCUUGAAAGGUUAAAACAGUGGCACUGGCACUCAAGGAAAACUAGUUUGGUCACUGAAUAUUUUUAUUAUGAUUGGCCAAUAAUAUCAUAUAUCGUUGUAUUAUUGACCGUAUAUGAGUCAAGAGAAGCCGUUGGGGGCCAUAGUUUAUCUCAAAGGUUUUCGUUAAUCAAAUUAGCAGAGAUCAGGACAAGUGGCAUAGCAUGAAAAAAAUGUCGUUUUCAUGGUCGUUUAUUCCAAGAUUUUUAGUCAUGUACCGUACUCGGAAAAGUAAAUCUAAAACAUCAGUUGGAAUUCAAUUACAUUAAGGAGUAGGAGACUCCCUCCCGCAACUAUCUCCAAGAAUGGGCUGGAGAGGUGACAACGUACUGUUUUCCCCCGUCACAUACACAGUGUAAAGAUGGUAUAUGGGUUCAGCCAGAGUGCGAACUCACAUUUUGCUCAAGUCGGCUCAAGCAUAAUGUCGUGUUCCGACGACAUUCAGUUGAAACUACAAGAUGACUACUGCUUCAUUUGCAGCAGAUAAUCAACUGCAACCUCUGCUCUUACCCCAGUUUUUGAGAUGUUUCUAUAACUACUUAAUAUAUUAUUAUUAUUAUUAUUAUUAUUAUUAUUAUUAUUAUUAUUAUUAUUAUUAUUAUUAUUAUUAUUUUAUCAUUAUUAAUUCAAUUACAGAGGACCAGUUAAAUAGGUUUCAUUAAGAGCUUGGAGAACCGAAAGCGAUCAGGAUGGAGCCAAACAGAAGGAGAGUUGCUACAGUUCAGUGGAUCACAGCGCCUUUAUGAGCAUCAGAACACCCAACCCCGUAUUCCCUCUGUGGAACCAGUUGAUAAUCAGAGCCUGACGCCAGACCCUGCGAGAGAUGCAGGUCCUACGAGAGAGGUAGGUCCUGCGAGAGACGCAGGUCCUACGAGAGAGGUAGGUCCUACGAGACAUGCAGGAUAAACGGUGGUAUGGCUGUGUGUGUUGUUAAAUUAAUUAACGUGUCGAGUCAUGGGUAUAAUAGUCCUGGCAUCAGCCGCUUGUUAAUGCCGCCGCUGGCACGAUUUUGCAUCCGUUGAGUGUAUCACAUUUCUUCGCGUCAAUCUUCUCGGUGUUUGUUUAUCAAGACCAGCUGAUUCACAGAUAAUAUUUUUCGAUGUCUCUUGGUUGUACGGGAAAUCUGGGCGCAACAUACCCUCCCCCCCAUGCAUUUUCGAAUCAGCUGACUUGUUAGAUAAUCUAUUUUCAUGUUAAAAACCUCAUAACAGUAUGUGUCAUGACUGUGAAUCUCGCCACAUCGUCAUGCAGUGUAUAUUAUAUCAUCAAUUUUGCAUGGACCGACGAUAUUUACACAAUUUUUAUAUUAGAUAACUGUUAGUCAACCUAUUUGUUGUGUAGCAUUUUACUGUGUUGGUUAAUAAUCUCAAUGACCUAACCAUUUAUAUGUAUGUAUUUGUAUAUUUUGCCAGACGAAUGUAUAGCAGUAAAGGUGACUUUGUCUGCUUUGAAAUGCUUUGAUAAUUUUAUUCACUUUGAUAUCUUGCUAAGUGGAAAAAGAAGAAAAGCGUAGUGUUGAUCCACUAAACUGUCGUGGAUUUGAAUUUUUUAUACUAGAAACGCGAAUAUGUAAAAAAAAAAUAUUUUUGAGAAAUUUGUUAAGCUGGUAUUUUUGGGGAGAGUUUAUGACAACCCGCGAAGCUGGUCAUUACAACGAUAUAUGAGAACCUGAUGUGAAUGUGGAAUGUACGUUUCUACGGACUUAAAGGAAAGAAACAGUUCGUUAAGGUGGCGAAGCGGAGUUAGUCUUGCGUGAGACGAUCAUCUUAAAAUAAUUUAAACCCACAUUUCUCAGGAGUGAGAGAGGAAAUAGUCGAGAGAAAUUAAUUAUCUGGGGAGAAAAUCACCUGGUUUGUCUUGUCCGAAGACAACAUCAUUAGUGAGCUUAGGACAACAACAAAAGCGAGUCCAAUACAUCAUCAUUAGCGAGUUCAAGACAACAACAUAAACGAGUCCAAUACAACAACAUUAACGUGUUCUAGGCAGCAGCAGCAGCUGCACCAAGAACAUGAGCAAGUCCACGUCAGCGGGUCCAUGACGGAAACAUAAAAGGAGUCCGAGUCAAUGUGAGGGUCCACGUCAGCAACAGGUGUCCUGGCGAGUUUCUAAGCAACAACACACUCCAGUGAGUCUAUAGCAUCAAUUAUCAACACAUCGUUGUCCUGCCCACCAUCUACAUCGUUUAGUCCCUUGAGAGUAUCAGAAAAAGCUCACGAGAAACUGUAUUAUCGAUACAGAAUCAAGUGAUGGUGCGAAUAUUAAAGAUGAUUGAAGAAAUCCUUCUAGCAUUUACGCGUUACCCUCCGAAGGUUCAAACCAUCGCCGUUCCAUCGUUAUUUCGCCAACGGGUGUCCCAUUUACGCUUAAAAGUGAUGCAAAAUGAGAGAGUGAGAGAUAAAUAAUCACUGGGGAAGAAGGGAAAAACAUGCACUUAAACUCAAUCUGAAAAUAGAAGAUAUAUGCGGAUUCCAAACUUAGUCUCAAGACCCACAAUUCAACCGACGACCAGUCAUUCUUAAAUACAUUCAAAACAUUCAUUUACCUGGUCUAUUUUUCGCGAAUCAUCAACUUGCCUCGUUUACUAAUCUGCCUUAAUAAUCUCCCUAUUUAUUCUACAAGUCUGAAUCACCAUAUUUCAGUUUGGUCAGUCACAUCCGUAAGUCAUCUGCCUGUUUUGAGUUCCUAACGUCCAAAACUGUGCAUAUAAGCCCCGGAAGACUUAAAUUCACAAUACCACGGCUGGAAUAAUUCACGAAUCACCCACACUUUGAUGAAGAAACCUUAGGCCACGUUUCGGUUCCAUCCUGGACCAUAUCACGGCUGUGACUCGGUCCAUGAUGACCUUAACGAUGUCUGAAGCUUCGAUGUCAAGUUUCGAGUUCUCCUUGAUCUCUUCCUUGCCUUGAACGUCUGCUGCCCUUGACCAUCCACCUGCCUUGAGCAUACAAAUGUUCUAGUAAUUUAUAAACUAUUCCGACGAGCUAUUGACACUUAUCUAUCUGGAACAAAUAAAUGAAUGACUGCCCAUUGAAGCCCAAUAAUCAGAAACCCAAUAGAUCUAGUAUACAGGUUUUUUCUCCGAUUAGCAGACUAUCAAGAAGUGCUGAUACCCUGGUCAUCUUUAUUUUAAUAAAGCUUCACUGUAACUAGUAAACAGAGCUUGUAAAAGUGUAAACAAGCAUCAAUACAGAGGCAGGCAACACAAGCUCAACAGAUCGAGAGCGUUGAUUGGUGUUAAGAACUAGGCAACACCACGAGAUAAACAGAGGGCGUUGUUUAAUGUACUGGGAAUCUCGUAGCACACACAAGAUAGGCAGUGGGAGUUGAUCAGAGCGUUGAACAGCGGGAUACACCCUCAGUAUUUUUCAUUGCAUUGACUUGUGCAUUAAUAACCUAA